AAAAACACAGUACAGCAAAACACAAUACACGCAUAUACACAAGAAAAUGUAUAUACACAUUAUACACUUACACAGAAUACUUUAUUUAAUUCAAACGUUUACGGAUUUACGUGCUAAAAGCAUUCGAUCUCGGAUUCUCGUGACCUUUAUUUUGACAGCGUCAGCGCGCUCACUGAGCGGAAGUCAAUCUCACGCGCUCUUCCGCUCUGCUGUGCUCCUGAGUGUCAGAUUGCGGUUAUUAGUUAUUGAUUCUUAAUUAUUGGAAUAUCAGUCUGUAACGUUGACGACUCCAGCCGCAGCGGGGAACAUGAUAAAAGCAAUUCUGAUCUUUAAUAAUCAUGGCAAACCACGACUGUCAAAAUUCUACGAGCAUUACACCGAAGACACAGAGCAGCAGAUCAUCAGAGAAACCUUUCAUCUGCUUUCCAAACGAGACGAGAAUGUCUGCAACUUCCUGGAGGGAGGACUGUUGAUCGGCGGCUCGGAGAACAAGCUGAUCUACAGACACUACGCCACGCUGUACUUCGUGUUCUGUGUGGAUUCGUCCGAGAGCGAGCUGGGCAUCCUGGACCUGAUCCAGGUGUUCGUGGAGACUCUGGACAAGUGCUUUGAGAACGUGUGUGAGCUGGACCUGAUCUUUCACAUGGAUAAGGUGCACAACAUCCUGGCGGAGAUGGUGAUGGGUGGCAUGGUUCUGGAGACCAACAUGAGUGAGAUCUCGACGCAGGCGGAGGCACACAGCAAGAUGGAGAAGUCUGAGGCUGGGAUCGCAGGGGCUCCGGCUCGCGCCGUGUCGGCCGUGAAGAACAUGAACCUGCCAGAGAUGCCCAAGAACAUCAACAUCGGGGACAUCAGCAUCAAAGUGCCAAACCUGUCGUCUUUUAAAUAGUGAACGCUGCACGUCUCUGAAACUGUUUCCCAGAAUCACACAGA